GAGGCUUUCCUCACCUAAUAAUCCUGGCUCUGACAUGGAGACUUUAUUUACUUUUCGUUUCUUUUGCGGCAGCAAGCCUGUUCGCACAUUGACAUUGACUUCAUCUAUUUCUUGGAUAGACGUUGACAAAUGGUUAUGGUCAGUCUACGACACCCCAACGAAUGGCGCGGCCCUCCAGUAUCUUGGUCACGAUGGCCGCCAGGUAGUUGUAGGCGACGAUGAAGAACUGGGGGCAUUGCUAGCUAUGGUGUCCUCAGCCCAGUCAGUGGAGUGCCGGGUGCGUAACAGACAUGUCAACGUCGUCGACCAGGCCAUCGCUCGUACUAGUGACGAAAGCGUUGACGACAGUACUGUCGACCCGAUUGGAGAUCGCAUUGUCAAGAUAGCGAUCUCUCAAAGGUGCCCACCCGCCUUCCUGACCGACGAGUCGCCCGUCGAUGUACAGCGUCGAUCCACAACACCCCCACCGCCCUACGAGAGCGAUUCUGGGCUUCCCGACGCGGCUGAAGCACAAUUCGCGCGACGUAUGGUGGCUGAACCUUACAGCCUGUUCGCACAUGGGGAGGGCUUGUGGAUAGAUGAAGCACCGCUGCGGUUGGGCCGAGCGCAGCUGCUUCGCGGUCCCAACGGUGCAGCAGUUGCACUUGACCUGACGCGAGCGCUGCGAUCGGGCACCGUUAUUGACAUAGAGGACGGAGGCGGAAUCGGCUUGGACCGUUCAUCGGUCCAAGCCGAUGACCAUCACCGGUCUCAUAGCCCGCAUCCCCCUCCUGCAUAUGGAAUGCAUGUUCAUGACAUUCUUUUGAUGACGGCGAGCCCACCAGCCUCACCGCCUCUGCCAGUGUCUCAUCAGGUGCCCACCACUGAGGAGCCUAGCCCCAACAUCCGCUGAGCCCCGCACCCGUCAUUGCUUGCUCGCCAAAGUCCAUCAGGCCAGCACCAGACAACGUAUCGCCGCGGUGGAGUUACCUGGGUCGAGCGCAUCGCUACUCUAG